AUGACCAUCUUCAACUUCACACAAAAAAGCUACAACACUCUCCAGAGCCCGUUUAUGAUGUAUGGUCAAGAGCACCGGUUAUCCCUAGACACUCUGCCAGCAGAACUCAUCCGCGAGAUCGCCGACUGUAUCCCAACAGAGAAGCAAGUAGUCGAGCUCAUGGCUACAAGUCUGCGUCUUAACCACCACCUGAAAGACUACAUCUGCCAUCGAAACAUGGAGAAUGGAAACAGGGGACUUCUCUGGGCAUGUCAACACGGUCAGUUCGAAGCAUGUGAACGAUUCCUCGAGCUUGGAGCGGACCCAAACUUUGAACCUCUUGUGGGCUACACUUCACGCCGAAUACUAAAUAUUGCUGUCUAUGGAGGACAUAUCGAAUGCGCCCAGGUGCUUCUCUUACACGGAGCCGACCCAAAUGCCAAAGAUGGAUCUGGAGAUACGCCAUUGUUUCCCGCGAUUGAGAACUGUGAUGCUCCCAUGGUGCAGAUGUUACUGGAGAUGCGGGCCGAUCCCAAUGUCGAAAAUGAGCAUCGAUAUCUGAAGGCGUCCCCACUUGAAAUGGCGAUGGAUAAGGAAUUGGAGGUUAUUGUUUGGCUUCUGGUGGAGAAGGGCGCAGGUCUCCCUGAUUAG